CCUUGUAUAAUUAACUGCACAGCUGUAGCUUCUGAUCCCUGGUAACGUCUGUUUCUUUCUUCCUUUCUCCCUGCCUCUACCUAGCAUAAUCCGGGCGUCCUUCUCCUCCUCCUCCUCCUUGCAGGAGCUCCGGGUGCGUCACUCGGGCAGAAACUUCCCUGCAUUCCACCGUCAUUCCUUGCUGGGACAACCGCGGGCAGGCACGCGGACGGAGCCGCUUCCUAGAGGGCUGGGAGACGGGAACAGGAGAAGGGGCCGAGCAGCAAAGCCAACCAAUUCGCCCUGUUUAGACGAUGGAAACGGGGAGCGCAGCAAGGACAAAUGGUACCGCCGGCAAGCCAGAGGAUGUGAAGAGCCCGUCCGCCCCCAAAAAAGAUGAAGAAGUGAAGAAGAACUCGAACCCUGGUGGAGGGGAGAAGGAGCCAAUGAAGGGCACUGGCGGUACUUCUCUGGAGACGGGGCAAAUCAAGAGCUCCCUCUUCUCUGGGAGUGACUGGAAGAGGCCCAUCAUUCAGUUUGUGGAGUCGUCCGAUGAGAAGAGAUCGACCUACUUCAGCAUGGACUCGGCAGACUCGAAGAAGAUGCAGUACAGCAGCGGACAGAUAGGAGACAUGAGGAGACCCCCCCUCUCCUUCGCAGAUAAAGGCGACCUCAGGAAGUCCCUCUUCUCCUUGGAUUCCAAAAAGAGCUUCCUGCCUAACGAAGGGGAAGGGAGGAAGCCGCUGUUCUCCGGCGGGCAGAUGGGGGACAUGAAGAAGUCUUCCCUGCCUCUGGUGGAGACCGGGGACCUGAGAAGAGCCACCUUCAACAAGGUGCCCGACAGAGCAGCCGGGUCGCGGCCCAGGGUGAAGCUGGAGGAUGUGCUGUGCGAUUCCUGCAUCGACAACAAGCAAAAGGCCGUGAAGUCCUGCUUGGUGUGCCAGGCUUCCUUCUGCGAGCUGCACCUCAAGCCCCACCUGGAGGGAGCGGCUUUCCGGGACCACCAGCUCCUGGACCCCAUCAGGGACUUUGAAGCAAGAAAAUGCCCUGUGCAUGGGAAGACCAUGGAGCUGUUCUGUCAGACAGACCAGAUGUGCAUCUGCUACCUCUGCAUGUUCCAGGAGCACAAGAACCACAGCACGGUGACGGUGGAGAUCGAGAAAGCGGGUAAAGAGGCUGAGCUUUCACUGCAGAAAGAGCAACUGCAGCUGAAGAUCAUCGAGGUAGAGGAUGAAAUGGACAAGUGGCAGAAGGAGAGGGACCGCAUCAAGAACUACACCACCAACGAGAAAGCCACAGUAGACCAGCAUUUCAAAGAGCUGAUCCGUGACCUGGAGAGGCAGAGGGAUGAAGUGAAGGCUGCCCUGGACCAGAGGGAAAAGAUUGCAUCAGAGAACGUGAAGGAGAUUGUGGAUGAGCUGGAAGAGAGGGCGAAGCUGCUGCGGGAGGACAAGGAGAACAGGGAGCAGAUCCACCAGAUCAGUGACUCCGUGCUCUUCCUCCAGGAGUUUGGGGCUUUGAUGCGGAACUAUGUCCCCCCUCCAUCCCUCCCGACAUACAGCGUGCUGCUUGAAGGGGAGAGCAUGAGCCCCUCUAUGGGGCUGCUCAGAGAUGACCUCCUCAACGUCUGCAUGAGGCACGUGGAGAAGAUCUGCAAGGCAGACCUGGGCCGCAACUUCAUCGAGAGGAACCACAUGGAGAACGGCGACCACCGGUUCAUGAUGAACAACUACGAGUGGAACCAACCCGACAACUUGAAGAGAUUUUCCAUGUUCCUGUCUCCCAAAGCCAGUUUCAACCCACGAUCAUGGGAAUUUUCCUCCUUCCAAGCGACUGAGGAAACACUUGUAGGCAAUGGCACUAAGCUGCCUUUUCAGUUCUCCUCGGUGGGACAGAAUCCGCCCGGUGACUUCAGCAAACAGUCUGAUGGGAGCCUCUUCACUAAGACCGCUUAUCCCUCGAUAGUGAGACAUCAGUCUGCAAAGGUGACGCCACAGACGUGGAAAUCCUCCAAGCAGUCUGUGUUGUCACAUUACCGCCCCUUUUACGUCAACAAAGGCAAUGGAGCCACCUCCAACGAGGCACCUUGAUUCCUGAAGAUUUAGGGAAGAGCUGGCAGCACUUGGAGUGAAGACUCAGCUGCGGAUUUUCGUGGAUGUACCUGCUACUAUAUUAACCUUGCUGCUCUAAUCUCUGCCAGGGAGAGGGAAGGUGCAGAAGGGAAUAGCCUUUUACUAGAGGAAACACGGACUCUUUUUUUUUUUUUCAAAUCACCUAAUCGCCUUGAAAGCUCUGCAGGCCUUAACAACGUAACCCCUUCCUCUGCUGCCACCUCCUCGUUCCCUCUCUGCCACCACCCUUCCCUUUGCCUCUGCAGAGCUGGCUGCUCUGCUUCUCCUGGGAAGCAUGCAUGCUUGGGUAGCACCCACCCCUUCCCCUCGCUCUGUUUUACCAGCUGCCCUGCUGUCCCGAGUGGUUGUAUGGCCACAGCUCUUAUAGUCCUGGUGGAAGGUCCCAAGCUGGGGGGGCUCAGGGGUCUUCCUGGGAUGGGGAGCCCCCAGCCACCAGGAGCGGUGACAAGCCAAGCUCUUCCCCAGCCUCUCUGCCCCAUCUUCAGCCCUGCCUCGGGUGGGAUGCACAGCUCUCACUCGGAGCAGUGCCAGUGCCACCACGUGCCUGAGACCCCCGCAGACCCCCCUGUCCCGUUGUGGUGGCACUCUGCCCUCCCCAGGCCCUUCAUCAGCUCAGCCCUGCUCCACCUGCUUAGCAAAAUCAAGCAACGGGACCUAUUUCGAGCUGUUGUAGCCCUGGGCCAGCUACAGGUGGAGGGGCAGAGAGGUUUUCUAUUCAAUUAAAGCACCCCUCCAGCCACCUUUCAAAUUAAAAAA